AUGUGCGUAAGGAAGCAGGCCGGAUUAUGGAACCACCGUCGCACGACUUUGCUACUGCUACAUCACCUGAACCCUCCGCUAGAAUGGCAGCGGGCUGUCUGCGUCCUGAAGGACGCAGUGCAAACCCCUGAAGAGCUCCCACUGGGAAAGGAGCCCCUUCCCCAGAGUAUCCCACAGCCUCUCAGUGCAAUAAAGCUACAGAAACUCUUGAGGGAUCUGCAAUGCGCAGUGUAUGAGGGGUAUCUUGAGCGGAUGGCCUUGGCACAGCAGGCAGCCCUCCAUCAUCCAACCCCGAAUACUUCCUCAGAGGACGCUAAGAAAAAGAUUCUAUCAAGCCAUGGAGCGCAGCAGUGGGAGCAGCAGCAGCGCCUGUUGUCUCCAACUCGGCCGUCAGGCAAUAGCUACCCAAACGUCCCACGGUUGUUUGCUGCAGUGCCUCAGGCAGCGAGUGAGCCUUUCUUCGCUCGAGCCCUGCCUUUACUGAUUGAGGCGAUCCUGUCGAUUGAAAAAAUCUUUCCUAGAUGCGCAUGUUCUUCCUCGAUGGAACCUGCACCAGUACCACCAACGGCUGGGACCUCGAUCGAUGCCCGUGGUGGUGGCAAUGCGGAAGCAACAGCAGCUGGAGAAGUUUGUUCAUGCACAUGUGCGUCUUGCCGCCUAAGGCUGCAGCUGCGAAAGCAUUGCAGCAGCGGAGCUUGCGGCAGCAGCAGCAGUUGGAAUGACCAUGUAGCUAGCUGUGCUGCCGAGCUGAGCGCAGGAGAGGGUUGGGUACUCUUUGGAUUAGGCUUCUUAGGGCUUUUGCCUUCUCCAGAGUGGCAGAUGGCAGUUACAGGAUUCGCAGACUUGGGAGAUAUGUCCUUUGCCGACUUUUUUGAUCUCACAGCGCCCGAGCAGUCUGCCAAGUUGCACUGCUUCAUCAGGUAUUGCUGCUGCAUGGCUGCAGCGGUUGAUGCCUUCCACACCAAGUGUGUGCAGAAAGGGCUUUCUCGUUUCGCCUUCGCGCCGCCUCACCUAGCCUUUACUUGCUGCAAAGAUACUUCUGAACAGGAGGUAGUCCGCUUGCUAUCGUUGCUGCUGGAGGAGGAGGUGAGCGGCCUUCUUGCGCGGCGAGGUACUACACCUUAUGGACCUGCUACCACAGCAGCGACACUCUGCAAGCAGCCAGAGAAGUUACGAGAUCCAAGGGCUCCAAGCAGCAGCCAAAGCAACGGCAGCGAGGCCUCCUUUUGUGGCUGCGGCGCAUGCAGCAGCUACGUGUGGAGAUCCUCCGUCAUAGCUGCAGUUCCACAAAGGGGGGCCCCUCCGUGCGAGAGGCCCUGGCCGUUGUCGUUCCCUUGCUGUUUCGUGCUGCGAUGUCUCCGUAUUUCCAGAGCACAAGCGGGCAUUUCUCGCUGCAGUUCGGAGUCCGUGGCGAUGCAGCGGCAGCCUCUAUUGGUGCCAGAGGUGGUUCAGGAGGUCGUAGAGGGGGGAGGCAUCCCCUGCAGUGAGGCCCUCGAUAUCAGAGCUGAUUUUGCUAAUAAGGUCAUAGGAGGAGGCAUUCUUUACCAUGGGUGUUUGCAGGAAGAAGUUUUCUUUGCCCUCUGUCCGGAGCUCCUGCUGCUGCGGCCUCUCAGUCAACAUCUUUCCGCGAAGGAAGCCGCUCACUGCAGGGGCUCUCUGCGCUUUUCGAAUUUUUCAGGGUAUGCUCGCACCUUCCGCUGUCGUCUGAAUGGCGGCCGAAACACAGGAAAAAUUCUUCGCGGGGAUCCUAGUAAAGAAGAGAAUGCUCAAGGCAAGCGGGAAAGAGAGGUCGCGCAGCCUCAGGGGCAUGGCGAGGCUGCAAGUACCCACGAGGAGGCGGCUUGUUUCGCGGACCAGCAGCCCCUAGGGGAGUCGAAUGCGAUGCAGGGGGACGCGCAGGCUCCACGAAAGCGGCAAGUGCUGCUGCCUCUCGACUCAGAUGACGAGGAGGAAGAUUCAGGUUGCUGUAACAGGCAGCACACUGGGAACACAGUCCGGGAUACAGGCUGGAGGGGAUGGGGGGACGGUGUUGAAGGGGUUGAAGCCGUCGACCACACGCCCAUCCGCGUGCAGUGGGGCACACCUCGGAGGGGUCUCUAUAAAGGCCUUCCUGGCCGGCGUCCAAGGCGACAAUUUGAGCCGCAGACAGUGGUAGAAACGCCCGACGAAGAGUCUGAAGAAAACUGCAGCGGCUAUUCUUUACUGCGAAUCGAGAUAGCCUCUGUUGUUACUGCUCUAGACGCGCGGCGGUUUGGCUCCCCCAGAGCUGCACGGCGUGCUGCAGCAGCGGACGAGAUUCUGGGAGUUCGGGGGCUGAUGCACGGCAGCAAUGCGGCAGCGAAAGAGGUCCUGCACCCGUCAUGUCAGUUCCAAGUGCCUUUGAUGCUACGCGAACUCCAGAAGGUUUGUGCUGCGCUUCACCUUCCCCGGGAAGAGGUUCUGGAGCCGACCGCAGGGGCUGCAUCCUACACAGUACAAGCAGCAAGGCCGAGCAAGGAACGGCUCUUGAGGCCGUUUACGACAGGUAACUGGGGCUGCGGCUGCUUCGGAGGAGAUCCUCAGCUGAAGUUCUUGCUUCAGUGGCUGGGGUCGAGCCUUAGUGGUCGGCGCAUGCGCUACUUCGCGUGGGGGGUGCCCGAGCUGCUGGAAGAUUCUCGCGUUUCGCGGCUAGUCUCCGCAGUUCUUGAGGGGGGCCGCUGGGAUUGCGCAAAACUGUGGAAGGUAUUGAUUGAGGGCUCCCGAGGGUCGUGUCCACUCCUGCGUGAGAUGGGUGCGAUGUCGUACGUGUUGCAUCGCGCUGCGGGAAAUAACGUCCCAUCCAUAGUUGGGGAGGCAAAUGCGAAGGAUUGCGGCAGUAGUAGCAGUCGCAUAAAGCAUCCAUUGCAGGACCCAGCUUUUUAUAUGAGCCCCGAAGACUGCGUAGAGACUUCCAAAAGGCUCAAGACAGACGUAGGCGAUACGACUUGUCAUACCGAGGAAGCAAAAUGGGCUUUUGAGAAGUAUAUUCUUUCAGUGGGAAUUUUUACAGUGUCUCUAUGGGGGAUUCGUUCCAGCUUAAAAGAGAGUUUAGGCGUAGAGAGAAUGACUUGGGAUUGGGACACAAGGCUAUCAAGAGAUACUGCGAAUAGGAAUACAAAGGGACGACAGAGCUAUUCUGUUGAAAUGCUUCUUGACAGACACCCCCAGGCCGAGACAAAAGGGUGUUGGGCCGUGUGCUUAUCAAGAGGCAUAUACAGCCCGCUAACCCCUCUUGGACAAAUGGGGGUCCCCCUGUCCCCUUUGGGAUUCCGCAGAGGGUAG